AUGGUAAUGACUGUACUUUCUCAAGAUGAUAAUAAAUUAGUUCUGGAUUUGAGACAAGCUUUGGGGGUGGUUCCUGAAUUCUACGACGAUGAUUAUUGCUUGAUGAGGUGGAUUGAGGGGUGGGACAAUAAUCAUGGUAUGUUUUAUAUUGUUUUAGGUUUAUAAGAGAGGGUUUUCGAUGAGAAACGCUCAUAUUGUUUUUAAAAAUAAAAUAUAUUAAAGUAACUACGCUUCAGAUCAAAUAAUCCCUCGAAUCCGAGAAGCAGCAGCCAUUAUCAGCACAUUCCCAUCGACAGACCAUAUCGACUUCAAUUCCAUUGAUGAUGUUGAGUUGAACCUGAGGCGAUUCAACAAAACCAUCGAGUAUCAUACUGGAGGAUUGAUUGGGCUUGAUAAGAAUGGAGAUCUCAUCAGUUGUGUUCUGCUUGGCCGAUUUCAUACAAAAUCAUUGUUGAAAUGUAGUCGGGUUAGUGAGAUCACACGGAACGCUAUUUGGGCUGCUAUUCUUGGGUAUACCUAUAUGAAGUAAGGGUAACUUUAGUUUUUUAAGGUAGGUUAGGGCAAGGUAGGAUAAGAUAGAGUAUAGUAAGGUAGAGUAAGCAAGGGUAGCUAAGGGUAGGGUAAGGUAGAAUAAGGUAAGGGUAGAUGAGGGUAAGUGAGAGCAGAUGAGGGUAGGGCAGACUAGAGUAUGGUAGAGUAGAAUAGGGUACUAAAACCUUCUAAUAAAGACAUUUUAAAUUAAAAAUUUUCAGAAAUCAAGAGAAAAUUCAAAAGAAAAAGCUUGGUUUUACAGUGAUAAUGGACCUGGAAGGCUACAAUAGAGACCAUCUCUUUACUCCUGGAAUUAAAGUCUAUACCAACUUUCUAAGCAUUGUACAGGUAAAAUUUCGAAUAUUUUAAAAAUUUUUUUCAAAAUUUUGUAAAAUUUCAAAAUUUUAAAAUUAAAAAAUUUUUUUUUACAUUGUCACUUUUGCCAAAUUUUAAGCUCAAAACUUUAAAAAAAUAAGUUUUAGGUCCUCAGAAAAUGCUCUUUUAUAAUUUUUUAAAAGAAAAUUUCAAAAUUUAAAUUUUUUUUUGAAAUUUUAAAAAUUUUGAAAUUUUUAAAGUUUCACGAACCUUUUUUAAAAAUUCCAAGAACCACAUUCAAACAGUACUAAAAAUGCUAAAACAACAAUAUUUUUCAGAAUCUCUUCCCAGAAACCACCAAAAGAGUGUUUGUCACCAACGCUCCGACCUUAUUCCAGACGGCUUUUACCUUUGUAAAGCCGGUUUUAUCCCAAAAAACAAAAGAAAAAAUUAAAAUUUUGGGAUCAGACUAUCAUUCGGAUCUUUUCGAAGCUGUUGGCCAGGAAAAUCUACCAACGUUGUUUGGUGGUACUAAACAGUACGUGAAUGGUCAUCCUGAAUAUGGCCAUUUGAGAAUGGGUGGAAUCAUGCCUGAAGACUUUAAGUGGGUGUUUUUGAACUUCUAUCAUAAUGGAAGUACAAUUUUGUUAAAAAAUGGCAAGAACUUUCUUUAUAGGACAAAAAAAGGCUGAAUUUAGUUUUCUUCGUAUAACUUGUCAUCUGCAGGCUGCACAACACCAAAAUCACUAUGAUUUCUUUAAAAAUGGCAAGAACAUUCUUUACAAAGCAACAAAUGACAAAAACUUUCUUUGCGAACCAAAAAAUGGCAAGAACUUUCUUUACAAAACAUAAAAUGGCAAGAACUUUCUUUACAAAACAUAAAAUAGCAAGAACUUUCUUUACAAAACCAAAACUGGCAAAAACUUAAUUUAAAACUUCAGGUACUCCCACCUAAAGAAUCCCCUCCACAUGCCAGACGAAAAAUUGACAAAACUUGUCGUUCCAGCGCGUUCCCAACGUGAAAUCACAGUGAAUUGUACCAAACUACACCAACAUUUACAGUGGUUUUUCUUAUCGAAUGGUGAUAUUACUUUUUCCAUCAAAUUAGGUAACAAAUUAAUAUGGCCAGAAAUCAAAACUCUGACCGAAUUUGUGCCAGAAUAUGAAACAAUUGAAUGCAGGGACGUUGGAGAGUAUGUUAUGGUGUUUGACAAUACUUUUAGCACGUUCUUCAGUAAGGAGAUACGGUAUUUUGCUCAAAUAAAUUAG